AUGUUUGGGUGCCAUGGCCAGUUAAAGGGAUUGGGGGUGAGGCUAAAGGUUCUAGUGGAGAAAGAUAACGAGUUCGCCUGGACUGGGGAGAUUGUGGCUGGGGAGCUCGUGUGGACCGGGGAUCGCAGUGACUCCUUCCUUCUGUGUCUCAGAGACAUAUCCCACCAAGCCUCUUCUCUAGGAUUGAAGGUCUUUGUGCUAGUGCUGCUGGCUGCCCUGCUGUUUGUGGAACAAGCUCAUGCCCUCCUGUGUUUCACAUGUGAAAAGGAAAAGGGCAUAAUCGGUUGUCUGAAGAUCUCUCUUUGUUCAGUAGAUGAAAUUUACUGCAUUUCCCAAAGAACCUUUUCAAAAUUUGAAGACAGCAUCUUUGACUCCAGGCAGGUGCUGAGCUGUGCCACCUUGAGCAGGGAUGCAUUUUUCAUAUUCCCAGAAUUUCAUGGAAUUCAUGGCAUGUGCUCAUGUGGUGGACAUAGACCAAAGACCAUCAGCAAAUUUUGUUCUUCCUUCUGUCCGGGUAAAGGUUACGUCUCUGCGGUGACGAUUGUGAAUACUCGAUGCUGCCGAAAGACCCUAUGUAAUACAUUCUCAAGUGAUGGUGGACUCCAGGCCAGCUUCUUGGUGCUGGGCCUGUCUGUGCUGCUCAGUUUGCUUUAUAUCCUGGGGAGGCCAAGUGCUUGA